AUGAUUUUUGAACUACAAACACAAUGUGCUGCCCAUUGCGCCACAUGUGCUUCUAGCCGCGAUAAUACUCGGCUUUUGGAUAUAGCUUGCAGUAAAAACUUGUUGGGUAUUGUAUCUCUUGAAAUAUUAAAAAACUCGGCUUUCGGAAAUAGGCUUGGAGUAAAGCUUAAAUUUGUAGUAAAUUUCUUGAAAUAUGAAAGGAUUCGGCUUUCGGAAAUAGUCUGCAGCACAACUUAUUGUGUUGUGUGUAUACCUUGUUCUCAUACGGGAAUUGAGACCUUUGGCGCAGUAUCUCCUUUCCCUCUCUCAUACGCAAUCUUUAUGAUCUUGAUAGUGUGA